AUGCCUCCCAAAGCUGCUGAGAAGAAGCCUAGCACUGGUGGCAAGGCCCCUGCUGGUAAGGCGCCCGCCGAGAAGAAGGAAGCCGGAAAGAAGACAGCCGCUGCUCCCUCUGGGGAGAAGAAGAAGCGCGGAAAGACCAGAAAGGAGACCUACUCUUCCUACAUCUACAAGGUUCUUAAGCAAGUGCACCCCGAUACCGGUAUUUCCACCCGUGCCAUGUCCAUUCUGAACUCUUUCGUCAAUGAUAUUUUCGAGCGCGUUGCGACGGAAGCUUCCAAGCUUGCCGCUUACAACAAGAAGUCCACUAUCUCAUCUCGGGAGAUCCAGACCUCCGUGAGGUUGAUCCUGCCUGGUGAACUCGCCAAGCACGCUGUGUCUGAGGGCACCAAGGCCGUUACGAAGUACUCUUCUUCUGCCAAAUAG